AUGGCCUCCCUAGACCAAACUAUUGAUGCACUCCUUAGAACUGGAGUGCUAGAACCAUGUCAGUCUAGGUGGAACACUCCCAUUUUGCCAGUUCCAAAGAAAGAACCUGGGCACUACAGAAUGGCACAUGAUUUAAGGGCCAUUAAUGCAGCCCUGGCCACCCAAACCAUCCCCGUUCCUAACCCAUAUACCGCACUAUCUGAACUAGACCACAACAAAACUUGGUUCACGUGUGUAGAUCUGGCCAAUGCCUUUUUCUGUGUUCCGGUACAUGAAGCGUGUAGAGACAUUUGUGCGUUUACACAUCGUGGCAGACAGUACCGGUACACACGUUUAUCACAAGGCUUCGCACUUUCACCCGGCCUGUUUAACCAAGCAUUAAAGCAGAGUUUGGAUACUUGUUCUCUCCCUGAAGGUUCCAUUUUAAUUCAGUAUGUGGAUGAUCUCCUGAUUGCUGGAGACACCCAACAGGCUUGUAUUGAGGCUUCAAUAGCAGUAUUGGAGAAACUGGCUGAGUGCGGAUAUAAAGUCUCGAAGCAAAAAUUGCAAUUUUGUAGGUCAAGAGUCACCUUUCUUGGCAGAGUGGUCACUAAGGGGAGUACAGGUAUGUCCCCUGAGCACCGGUCCUCUAUUUUAAGCCAUCCCAAACCAAUAACGGUCAGAGACAUGUUGGCAUUUUUAGGGCUGGUAGGAUACAGUCGUUCAUACAUACCUGAUUUUACUGGUCGCACCGCACCGCUUCGUGAGAUGAUAAGGACAUUAGGGAUGAGAAAUUUGUCAGGCAUUUUGUCAUGGACACCUGAACUAGAGCAGGCGUUCAUUGAACUAAAACAGGAACUAGCGCAUGCGGCUGACCUUGCUAGACCAGAUUACACCAUUCCAUUCUACCUGGAUGUUUCUGAUACACCCUCAUUGGUAAAUGGGGUGUUGUUUCAGAAAAAGGGGGGAGGUAGACAAGUGUUAAUGUAUCUGAGUAUUCCUCUAGAAUUAGUAGAGAAAAGACAACCAUGUUGCACCAGACAUGUUGCAGGACUAGCCAAAUUAGUACAAAAAACAGCACACAUAGUUGCAGGAUAUCCAUUACAUGUGCUGACCACACACGGAGUGGUAGCAUAUAUAAAUUCUCAGAUGUUCACACUCACUCCCCUCAGGCAAAGACGCAUACAUAAAGUACUGACGGCCCCCAACAUUACUUACACUCAUGAUGGGAUUAACAUGGCAGAUAACAUGUUAGAAGGACCCCCGCACGAGUGUGCGAGAAAGGUAAAAAUAGAAGGGAAAAUAAGACCAGACCUCAAGGGCACGCCAAUAGAAGGGGCACUAAAUUUGUGGACAGAUGGGUGUGGUUAUAGGGGAGAAGGGGGAGAAAUAAAAGCAGGGUUUGCGGUAGUACAAGAAAUGAAUGGGGAAGUAGAUGAUUUUUGUACAGUGAUCUCAAAAGAAGUCAAGAAUUGUCCCUCAGCUCAGAAAGCGGAACUAUUGGCAGUCAUUGCAGCGCUCGACUUAGCAGAAGGCAGGGCAGUUAACAUCUACACAGAUUCAGCCUAUGCAGUGGGAGCAGCUCACAUUGAAUUACCCCACUGGAAGGAGACAGGUUAUCUCACCAGUGUGGGCAAACCCGUUAAACACAAGGAGGAGUUGUUAGCACUAGAGAAAGCGAUACAACUACCAAAACAGGUUGCCAUCAUAAAGUGCAAGGGACAUCAGAAAGGGGACUCAUUGGUAGAAAGAGGUAAUGAGGCAGCAGAUAAGGCAGCAAAGGAAGCAGCAGGUUAUAAGGAAUCAAGUUUGCAGAUGGUGUUGAAGGAAGGUGAACUAUGGGAACCAAUUCCGACAGGAGAAAAGCUCAGGCAACUGCAGGACCAGGCUAGCCCAGAAGAAAAGACUAUUUGGCUGGAUAACGGUGGUACAAAGGGUGAGUUAGUCUGGGAAGGUCCCAAUGGACUCCCAAUACUUCCAGCCUCUUUGGCAAAAGCAGUGCUGGGAGAAGCUCACGGGUUGGCACAUGUAGGAAAGGUACAGAUGAAGGAAAACUUGAAAGGAUGGUGGCACCCAUUUCUAUCUGCCAUGAUAGCCACACAUGUAAAAGAAUGUCAAGUAUGUAAUGUAAAUAAUGUGGGUAAAACUUGCAAACCAGGGGUAGGAAAAUUCCCUAAGCCCAAUGGCCCAGGGGAACAUAUUCAGAUAGAUUACACAGAUAUGAUUCAGACAGUCAGGAAGUACAGGUAUCUGUUGAUGUUUGUGGAUGUAUUUUCGGGUUGGGUGGAAGCGUUCCCCACUAUGAGGGAAGACAGCAAAUCAGUCUGUAAAAUGUUGAUCAAUCACUGGAUUCCCCAACACGGGUUUCCCAAAAGAAUACACUCAGAUAAUGGUACUCACUUCACAAGUAACGCCUUGGCAUGGGUAGAGCAAGUACUAGGCCUGAAACAUGUGUACGGAUCAGUGUACCAUCCACAGUCUCAAGGGAAGGUGGAGCGCAUGAACCAAACACUGAAAUCAAAAUUGAACAAAGUUGUAUAUUCUACAGGGCAAAAUUGGCUGGAUGCCCUACCAAUUGUAUUAAUUAGCAUCAGAAGCUCUGUAAACAGAGCUACAGGGUUCACGCCCUUUGAACUGAUGACAGGUAGAUCUUUUCCGGGGCCCCAUACUCCCCAUAUAUUAGGAGUAGAUGUAUCGGGUAAGGACCCAUUAGGGUUAAUUAAAAUAAAUAUGCACAAUAAAGUUGUAUCAGCAUCGGUUAGUACCAUGACUAAUACAUUUACCCCCGCCACCCAGGAGGUGACUGAUCCAGGGCUUAAGGGCUCGGACUAUACUAAGUGGUCACCGGGUGAUAUUGUUAAAUUAACUACAGGAUACGUAGGGGAUAAUUUGUGGCUCAAAUGGUUAGCAGCCCAGGCUGGGGAAGCUGGGAUGGAGGACUGCGUGGCUUGUGCACAGGCUCGUGCCCCGCUCUCCUUAGCCCCAGCUCCUUUAUUUCCAGACACAGAUAUGACAGGCUUUAAAUGUAUGAUUGAGCUCACAAAACAAGCGAACCCGAUUAACUGCACUACAUUAGCCGAUAUUUUCCCAGUUAUAGCCAAUACGACGGGUACGGGCCCAUUUAGAGCACCACUUAGCGGCAACUUCACCUGUUUUAAUCACACUUACGUUGAUGGCACCGGCCGAGGUAAAAUGAUAGGCCAGAUUAACCCUGAUUGGUGUCACAUUACAUACUCAGGGAAUGCCUCCGUAGGCCCAUGGGCCAGAGCAGGGCUAUAUUAUUACUGCGGCGGCACUAUUCUUUUAGUCCGGAUGCCUAUUCACACAUUCGGUCUCUGUGCCAUGGUAAGGCUGGUGUCUCCAAUAUUGUUAGUAGGUCAGAGACAGGCUAAACACAUUACUAUGCAUAGGCGAAAACGUGAAACUACAGAGGAUCAUUUUGAUCUCACCAAAAAUUCACUCACUUACAUAGACGCCAUAGGGGUCCCAAGGGGGGUCCCCGACGAGUAUAAGUUAGUUGAUCAAAUAGCUGCAGGAUUUGAAAAUAUUCCUAUUAUCUCUGCCCUCUUCCCCGUCACCCCCAACAAAAAUGUAGAUCGCAUCAAUUAUGUUAAUUACCAAGUCAUGCGCCUUGCCAAUUUAACCAAGGUAGCUGUUGAGGGCCUCAGCGCACAACUCUCGGCCACGUCUUUGAUGGCUAUACAAAAUAGAAUGGCCUUAGACAUGCUUUUGGCGGAAACGGGAGGUGUUUGUCACAUGUUUGGUGAUAUGUGUUGUACAUUCAUCCCCAACAACACCGCCCCGGAUGGAUCAGUUACUAAAGCCCUAGAGGGCCUCAAAGCUCUCUCUAAAGAAAUGCAUGACAAUUCUGGGUUGGACAACGCCAUCACGGGGUGGUUGGAUAAGGAGCCUAAGGGGGCCAUUAUGCUUCCUCUCCUGGAUAGCAAUGGCCGCUCUGGUGACCAGGAUAGCGAUCUGGAGAAUAACAUGGAACUAAAUCGGGAGGGUCCUGUGGAUCCCACUGUGUUCUAUCUGGGAGCAGCUUUGGGAAUCUGUGUGAUUGAGAUCUGCAUUCAGGCCAUUCAGAACUGCAGGGAACGAAUCUGA